CCAUCCAUCCCUCCAUCCACCUAUCCCUCCAUCCAUCCACCUAUCCAUCCAUCCAUCCAUCCAAAUGUGAAAAACAAAGACCACAGUCCCAAGUGUUUGAUUGCUGAUCUGACUCUGAUUUUUCCAGAAAGCAUUUCUGAACAUAGAUUUAAAUCAUAUAACAAAUUAAACUUUAUUUAAACAUUUUCGGUUUCAUUUCAUUUCAGUUGUUUUGAUUGGAUUAUAGAAACUUCCAGAGAAGAAAAAAAACACAGAUUCUGGAAAUGAUCAUCUACCUACAAUGAUCCUAAACAUAUCGCCAUGGUAACCACAGGGUGUCCACAGAUUGACAAGCCACAUGGAUCAUGUGGAAACGAUUUAAAACUGAAGAUUCUAAAGUGUUCUAGCCCGGUUCUGGACCGCAGUCCUACAGAGAAUCUGGAAGGAGGUAAAAGUUUGUGGUUUUUGCCUGCAGUUUUAAAUACCUGUUCAUUUUUUUUAAUUAAAUACUCCAAUGAAAUAUUCAUAAAUUUGAAAAACAGAAAAUCUUUAUAGAUUUUAGUUUAAACAUAUCGAAAUAAGAAUUUGUUAAAUUAUGUAAACAAAAAUGUAACAGCCUGAAUCACACAAACUACAAAAAUCUACAGGAAGAGGCUGAACUGACUUCCUGGAAAGGAGCCAAUGGUCUUCCUGUAUCAGGUCACGUGUUGGCUUCUGACCAAUCAACGCCUAGCAGGAAACCCGGACUCGGUGGAGUCUCGGACAGCUGUUGAUUCAAACGCCGUCGUAUCCACAGAUGUAAUUAUUGCGUUUAAAGACAUUUUAAUGUAAGUUCCGGAUUUAAAUUAAUAAAUGAAACGUUAUAAAACCGUGGAUGGAGAUGGGAAAGCCCAACAGACGGAAACGAAGCACAGGAGGGACGGAGAAUGGAGCCGGUAUCGCCGGUACUACCGGAGAUCCAGACUGUGGUAGAAAACAGAAGCUGGCUGACAUCCAUCGAGCGUUAAUCAGUGAUCCAGUGGACAUUCAGGCCCUCAGGAGAGCUGCAGCCACCAGAGGAGGACUUCUCAAUAAUGAGAUGAGGAGAAAAGUGUGGCCCAAAUUACUCAACAUUAACGUGUUUGAUCUUCCGCACAGACCUGGUCGAAAUGGACGAGAGAAGCACACAGACUUCCAGCAGGUGGUUCUGGAUGUUAAGAGGUCCAUGAAGCGCUUUCCUAAAGGUAUGCCGGCGGCAGAGAGAGACGCGCUGCAGGAACAGCUGAUCGACAUCAUCCUGGAGGUGUUGAAACGUAACUCUCAGCUGCAUUACUACCAGGGUUACCACGACGUGGCCGUCACGCUUCUGCUGGUGGUUGGAGAGCGGAUGGCCAUGGCCAUGCUGGAGAAGUUAUCCAACCAUCACCUCAGGGAUUUCAUGGAUACAACCAUGGACAGCACCAAACACAUUUUGAACUACCUGAUGCCCAUUCUGGAGCAGGUGGAUGCAGAGCUACACGACUUCAUGACCAGGGCAGAAGUUGGAACCAUCUUCGCUCUUUCCUGGCUCAUCACAUGGUUUGGUCACGUGUUGUCAGAGUUCAAGCACACGCUAAGACUCUAUGACUUCUUCCUGGCCUCCCAUCCUCUGAUGCCCAUUUACCUGGCUGCUACGAUUGUUCUCCACAGAGAGCAGGAGGUGAAGCAGACGGAGUGCGACAUGGCCAUGGUGCACCACCUCCUCGCUCACAUCCCUGAAGAUCUGCCGUUCGAGCUGCUGAUUGGCCGAGCUCAGGGCCUGUUUGACUGCUUUCCUCCACCUUUACUGGCCAAACAGGCGGCGCUGCAGUCCAGAAACAGUCUGUCCAUCAGCAGCUUCCAGGCCUUUCAGCUGUCCACCCUCCAUCAGAGGCCAGACUCUGUCCUCCAGCGCCUCACCAGGACUCGGAGCUCCGCCUCCUGCAGACACGACGUGCGGGCCGUAGCCGGGGACGACGGCGAGCUGUGGCGGCAGGGCAACAGGAUAGUGAAGGUGGCAGUGUGGGGGCUCUCUGCGACGCUGGGGGCCGCCGUGUUUGCUGUAGCUCAGACGGCCAUGGACUGGGGGCCCGAGGCGUUCCUUCAGCUGUUCUGAUGUGAUGGUGGGGGCAGACGAUGGACGGACGCCGCCACGCUGAACCGACAGGAUGUAGGAGCACAGACCCGCAGGUCGUCACUCCCGGGUCAACUGAAGCCACAGCAGCUGAUGCAGCAUCAGUCAUCAGUACCGGCUGGUAUUGGAGGCCGCAGCUUUGACAGCUUCCUGUUUCCUGUUGAACACAUCUGGUCGGUUUGUAGAAGAAUGAUUGAAAAUUCAGAUCCCAGCAGAAAAGACUUCAGAGAAAUGGAUAAAACCAAAGCUAGACAUGAGCGUCUAGACAGCAUGUGGCUGAAACAGAACCGCCACUGGACCAUCGGGGGACACUUGGUGGUAAUUCUGCCCAAAGUCCUGUUAUCCAGAAGCCUGUGGUUCUGGUCAGCUGUUGGUCCACCCCCUCUAAAUUACCUGAUCACUCAUCAGCUGAUAAAUUUUUUUUUAGUUUUUCAUGAUUGUUUUCUGCGUUUAAUGGAGGUUAGAGAAGAGGGCGGAGCUUCUGUGAAAAGCUUUAGGUCGGAGAGCGAUGGAAGAGGGCGGAGCUUCUGUGAAAAGCUUUAGGUCGGAGAGCGAUGGAAGAGGGCGGAGCUUCUGUGAAAAGCUUUAGGUCGGAGAGCGAUGGAAGAGGGCGGAGCUUCUGUGAAAAGCUUUAGGUCGGAGAGCGAUGGAAGAGGGCGGAGCUUCUGUGAAAAGCUUUAGGUCGGAGAGCGAUGGAAGAGGGCGGAGCUUCUGUGAAAAGCUUUAAGUCGGAGAGCGAUGGAAGAGGGUGGAGCUUCUGUGAAAAGCUUUAGGUCGGAGAGCAAUGGAAGAGGGCGGAGGUUUUGUGAAAAGCUUUAGGUCGGAGAGCGAUGGAAGAGGGCGGAGCUUCUGUGAAAAGCUUUAGGUCGGAGAGCGAUGGAAGAGGGCGGAGCUUCUGUGAAAAGCUUUAAGUCGGAGAGCGAUGGAAGAGGGCGGAGCUUCUGUGAAAAGCUUUAAGUCGGAGAGCGAUGGAAGAGGGCGGAGCUUCUGGAGGUUCUGCGCUCUGGUCCUAAAGGUUGGUCAGUAUUUUCCUGUCUGUGGAGAACCACAUCCACCCGGAACAGCAGAUGUUUUUUCUCGGUACCGCGGCUCUGUUCACAGCUUUAUGAUAGAGAAAACUCUCAGAUCAAGUUUGUUGAAUCCUAAAGUCGUCUCCUGUGGAGGGAAAGGGGGGGCUUUCCAAUCAGCUGUUCCGGCAACUCUUACUUUGAAAUAUUCAUCAGCUUCCUGUCACAUUUAGCCCAUUUUCUCCAGCUGCUAGCUUCACUGGAGUGCCCCCCCCGUGGAUCUGUUGCUUCGUCUGGGGUGGGGGGGUUCCAAGCUGUGGUGGAAACCAUGACUUUCUGAAACUCCUGAUUUUCUAAUUGGUUUGAUUCAAUCUGUUUGAGAUUUUAAAAAUGUGGCUUUAAAAGUUUGAAGGUUUUCCAGCUGAGUUUCUGCUGUGAAGUGUAUUUUUGGUGAGACUGGAGUUUUAUUUAGAUAGAGGUUUUAUGAAAUCAUUAUUGGAUGGAGAGAAAUGUUUCUAAUCGGCAGUGAAGGCUUCAUCUGGACGCACCCGUCAGCCUCACAUGACAUCUGCUGGAGUUCUUCAUGUUUUUCAGAGAAGACUUUUUAUGUUGCCUAAAAUAAAGCUGUUUUAUGUCUGAGA